AUGACCCAAUUGAUCUUCACCCAGGUUCAUGCGUGGGUUACGCGACGAGGUACUGUUCCAAUGCCAUCUGAAGAGGAGAAUUGCCAGCUGGUUACGGUAACCGAAGAAGAGAUCGAAAAUUGUGUACGAGUUAUCCCGCGCCUCGACACCUUGAUACUUGUCAAAGCGAUGGGACAUCGAAAACUAAGCAAAACACAUAAUCGAAUAUGGAAAACUCGUCCAAAACAUCAAAGUCACCUUCACCAGGUUCAUGCGUGGGUCACGCGACGAGGUACUGUUCCAAUGCCAUCUGAAGAGGAAAAUUGCCAGCUGGUUACGGUAACUGAGGAAGAGAUCGAAAAUUGUGUACGAGUUAUCCCGCGCCUCGACACUUUGAUACUUGUCAAAGCGAUGGGACAUCGAAAACGUUUCGGGAACCCGUUCAGGUACUAUUAUGUUUGUGGUAUAAUAUUUGGGAGAAUGAAGCAUAGGGGGGAAAAUUUGUUGUCUGAUUUUAACUUCUGGGCUGAAGGACAAUAUUUGGGACUACAAAAACCCACUUUAUUGUAA